UACCAGCCUCUCGGGGACCAACGUGGCCAACUGAAGGGAGCCUGUCAAUCCACAUCCCAGCCCCUCAGCCCUUCUGAUUCCCAUGAUGAGCUCGCCAGUGCAGCCCGCAGAGGAAAACCUUUCUUCAUUGCUUCCUGUCAGCUGUGCAGAGGCAGCUCUACUGAAACUGGAUGGGGUGGCUGGACGAGCGCAGCUCUUGGCUCAGCACCGGAUGCACAGUAUGAUCAGCUCAGUGGAUGUGAAGUCAGAGGUGCCCGUGGGCCGGGAACCCAUCUCGCCUUUAGACCUCAGGACCGACCUCAGGAUGAUGAUGCCCGUGGUGGACCCUGUAGUCCGGGAGAAGCAGCUGCAGCAGGAGUUACUCCUCAUCCAGCAACAGCAGCACAUCCAGAAGCAGCUCCUGAUUGCAGAGUUUCAGAAACAGCAUGAGAACUUGACGCGGCAGCACCAGGCCCAGCUUCAGGAGCACAUCAAGUUGCAACAGGAACUUCUAGCCAUAAAACAGCAACAAGAACUCCUAGAAAAGGAGCAGAAACUGGAGCAGCAGAGGCAAGAACAGGAAGUAGAGAGGCAUCGCAGAGAACAGCAACUUCCUCCUCUCAGAGGCAAGGAUAGAGGACGAGAAAGGGCAGUGGCAAGCACAGAAGUAAAGCAGAAGCUUCAAGAAUUCCUGUUGAGCAAAUCAGCAACGAAAGACACUCCAACUAAUGGAAAAAAUCAUUCCGUGAGCCGCCAUCCCAAGCUCUGGUACACGGCUGCCCACCACACGUCAUUGGAUCAAAGCUCUCCACCCCUGAGUGGAACAUCUCCAUCCUACAAAUACACAUUACCAGGAGCACAAGAUGCAAAGGACGAUUUCCCACUUCGAAAAACUGCCUCUGAGCCCAACUUGAAGGUGCGGUCCAGGUUAAAACAGAAAGUGGCAGAGAGGAGAAGCAGCCCCUUACUCAGGCGGAAGGAUGGAAGUGUCACUUCAUUCAAGAAGCGAGUGUUUGAGGUGACAGAAUCCUCAGUCAGUAGCAGUUCUCCAGGGUCUGGUCCCAGUUCACCAAACAAUGGGCCAACUGGGAAUGUUACUGAAAAUGAGACUUCAGUUUUGCCACCUACUCCGCAUGCUGAGCAAAUGGUCUCACAACAACGCAUUCUAAUUCACGAAGAUUCCAUGAACUUGCUAAGUCUUUAUACCUCUCCCUCUUUACCCAAUAUUACUUUGGGACUUCCAGCCAUGCCAACCCAACUCAAUGCUUCAAAUUCGCUCAAAGAAAAACAGAAGUGUGAGACCCAGACACUCAGGCAAGGCAUCCCUCUGCCUGGGCAGUACGGGGGCAGCAUCCCGGCGUCUUCAGGCCACCCCCACGUUGCUUUAGAGGGAAAGCCCAACAGCAGCCACCAGGCUCUCCUGCAGCAUUUAUUAUUGAAAGAACAAAUGCGACAGCAAAAGCUUCUUGUGGCUGGUGGAGUUCCCUUACAUCCUCAGUCUCCCUUGGCAACAAAAGAGAGAAUUUCACCUGGCGUUAGAGGUACCCACAAAUUGCCCCGUCACAGACCUCUGAAUCGAACCCAGUCUGCACCUUUGCCUCAGAGCACGUUGGCUCAGCUGGUCAUUCAGCAGCAGCACCAACAAUUUUUGGAGAAGCAGAAGCAAUACCAGCAGCAGAUCCACAUGAACAAACUGCUUUCGAAAUCAAUUGAACAACUGAAGCAACCAGGCAGUCACCUCGAAGAAGCAGAGGAAGAGCUUCAGGGGGACCAGGCGAUGCAGGAAGACAGAGCGCCCUCUAGUGGCAACAGCACUAGGAGCGACAGCAGUGCUUGUGUGGACGACACACGGGGACAAGUUGGGGCUGUGAAAGUCAAGGAGGAACCAGUGGACAGUGAUGAAGAUGCUCAGAUCCAGGAAAUGGAAUCUGGGGAGCAGGCUGCUUAUAUGCAACAGCCCUUCCUGGAACCCCAGCACACACGUGCACUCUCAGUGUGCCAAGCUCAGCGGGCUGUGGCUGGCAUGGAUGGAUUAGAGAAACAUCAUCAUGUCUCCAGGACUCAUUCCUGCCCUGCUGCCUCCAUUUUGCAUCACCCAGUAAUGGACCGCCCCCUUCAGCCUGGCUCUGCAACUGGAAUUGCCUAUGACCCUCUGAUGCUGAAACACCAGUGCAUUUGUGGCAGUUCCACCGCCCACCCUGAGCAUGCUGGACGAAUACAGAGCAUCUGGUCACGGCUGCAAGAAACUGGGCUGCUGAAUAAAUGUGAGCGGAUUCAAGGUCGAAAAGCCAGCCUGGAGGAAAUACAGCUUGUUCAUUCUGCACAUCACUCACUGUUGUAUGGCACCAACCCCCUGGAUGGACAGAAGCUGGACCCCAGGACACUGCUAGGUGACACCUCUCAAAAGUUUUUUUCUUCAUUACCUUGUGGUGGACUUGGGGUGGACAGUGACACCAUUUGGAACGAGCUGCACUCGUCCGGUGCUGCACGCAUGGCUGUUGGCUGUGUCAUCGAGCUGGCUUCCAAAGUGGCCUCAGGAGAGCUGAAGAAUGGGUUUGCUGUUGUGAGGCCCCCAGGCCAUCACGCGGAAGAAUCCACAGCCAUGGGGUUCUGCUUUUUUAAUUCAGUUGCAAUUACCGCCAAAUACUUGAGAGACCAACUAAAUAUAAGCAAGAUAUUGAUUGUAGAUCUGGAUGUUCACCAUGGAAACGGUACACAGCAAGCCUUUUAUGCUGACCCCAGCAUCCUGUAUAUUUCCCUCCAUCGCUAUGAUGAAGGGAACUUUUUCCCUGGCAGUGGAGCCCCAAAUGAGGUUGGAGCAGGCCUUGGAGAAGGAUACAAUAUAAAUAUUGCCUGGACAGGUGGCCUUGACCCCCCCAUGGGAGACAUUGAGUACCUUGAAGCAUUCAGGACUGUAGUGACGCCUGUGGCCAAAGAGUUUGAUCCAGACAUGGUCCUAGUUUCCGCUGGAUUUGACGCGUUAGAAGGCCAUGCCCCGCCUCUGGGGGGAUACAAAGUGACUGCAAAAUGCUUUGGUCAUUUGACGAAGCAAUUGAUGACACUGGCUGAUGGACAUGUGGUGUUGGCCUUAGAAGGAGGACAUGAUCUCACAGCCAUCUGUGAUGCAUCAGAAGCCUGUGUAAAUGCCCUUCUAGGAAAUGAGCUGGAGCCACUCCCAGAAGAUAUUCUCCACCAAAGCCCGAAUAUGAAUGCCGUUAUUUCUUUACAGAAGAUCAUUGAAAUUCAAAGCAAGUACUGGAAGUCGGUAAGGAGAGUGGCUGUGCCAAGGGGCUGUGCUCUGGCUGGGGCUCAGCUGCAAGAGGAGACAGAGACCGUUUCUGCCCUGGCCUCCCUGACGGUGGAUGUGGAACAGCCCUUCGCUCGAGAAGACAGCAGAACUGCUGGUGAGCCUAUGGAAGAGGAGCCAGCCUUGUGAAGUGCCAAGUCCCCCUCCCCCCAUAUUUCCUGUGUGUGACAUCAUUGUGUAUCCCCCCGCACCCCAGCACCCUCAGACAUGUCUUGUCUGCUGCCUGGGUGGCACAGAUUCGGUGGAAUAUAAACACUGGGCACAAAAUUCUGAACAGCAGCUUCACUUGUUCUUUGGAUGGACUUGAAAGGGCAUUAAAGAUUCCUUAAACCUAACCGCUGUGAUUCUAAAGUUACAGUAAACCACGAUUGGAAGAAACUGCUUCCAGCGUACUUUUAAUAUACUUGGUGAUCCACUCCCAGGCCCAAAGUAUGAGCUAGAAACAUCCAAUACGGCAUUAGAUACUGUUAAUUACAAAUGCUCUGACAGCCAGCGAAAUUUUGGGCAAAACCUAAGAAAGACUCAUUCCUGACAUUCUGAUCAGUUUUUUAUUGGGUAAUUUUUUGUCAAACAGUCUUAAAUUGUUUACAGAAUUUGCUUUCAGCUAUGAACGGAUAGCAAUUCCCGACAGCUCACAGGGAUUUGUUUUGUUCUGUUUUGUUUGUUUUUUUGGCCUUUGUUUUAACACAUGGUUCAACUCUUGCUAGUUAAGAGUUCAAGAUGGAGGAACUGGACUGAGGGUUUUUCUGUGGAAUAAACCGCACUGUAUCUCAAAGUCCAAAUGCCAAAGGAACCUCAAACACUGUAUAUAAUGGUGCAAUAUUUUAUGUCACUUUUUUUUUUUUUUUGAGAAAAAUGACCCUAUUUGCCUAGCAUCCCUCUGUGUUCUCACACACUGGAGACUUGCAAUUGUAUUUGAAGAUGAGGUUCCCCUCCUCCCGCACACAUCCCUUGUUCUGAUGACAGUAGCUCUGAGCAUAUGUUCCAUGGAGGAUUUCCAGUGUCUUUGAAAGCUUUUCAAAGAUGGUCUUAAUUUGCUCCAAAUCUAUCAAGAACUUACUCUCUCACUUUUCUUUUUUUGCCCUCCAUCAUUUCCUUUUUUCUUACCUUUCAUCCUACCUUCCUAUAGAAAAGCUAAAGAUUACCCAUAAUCUCCCCAAUUACUCAGGACCUUUGAGGAUUUAUUUUUUUACUUCCCAGGUUAACACAGUUGCUUGGUCUAAUGUGUCCUUUUAGCUGUGAAACCACUGAGGUGAAUGUGGCUUAAGCAAUGUUACUGAAUUUUCUAGAUCUUUGAAAUGUGCUAAUGAAGGCAUUGUGUAUUUGAUGUCACCUUGAGUUGAGUUAACCUUGAAAAGUUGUGCCUUCAUGUAAAAAAAACAAAACAAAACAAAAAACCCAAAUUUAACCCUUACCCAUGUUGCCUUGGUGUCAAAGGCUAAAAGUAACAGACAUUUAUUUAUUUCUGAGAUUAAAAGCAACUUAGUAAAUAUAAGUAGGUUAUCCCCCUACCUUCCAAAAUUCUAUUUCAAUGUACAACUCAAACACAUAAAGACAUUGAUGUAGAAUACCUCACAGUAUUUAAUAUCUGACAAUGCUUUCAAAAGAGUUGAUGUUUCUUUUUAUAUAUUUUCCUAACUCAAAGGAUAUAUUAAAGCCAUAAGUGAAGAUUGUCAUGCUUUUAUUCAGAAAUCUGAAAGAAACCUUAAUUAAAACAAGGUUUUAGGGAAGGCCAUGAUAUGAAAGAUAUGGAACAAUGUGGUUUUAGUUAAAGAGGACUCUAACCUGUAAAUCAAAGAUGAAAGAUUUCACUCAAGUAGAAUUAUAUAACUCUCUUUUGUUAUACAGUCAGACCAUAUUUUUCAUGCAUUUGGUUUUUUCAGGAUUACCAUUUUAAUUUUAAAGACUUUUAUUACAUAUACAAAAAUGGCUCGAUACUUGGUUUAACAUCUUAGAAAUUUGAGAUGCCCUUUGAAAUAGGAAAUCUGAAAUGGAAUGUAACUCAGUAUUAGGUAAAAAAUUACUUUCAUUGCAUAAGGGUAAGGUCAAUCUCAAUUCACAAUAGUAAUGAAUUUUUUUGUAAAAAAAAAUCAUGAUAUUUUCAGAGAAUUUCAUGCCAAUUAUAUUUGCUAGCUUUUGCUAUUUUACUGUAAUUCCUGAGAUUUAUUUAGAGAAAACCAAAUAAUGGAGCCAAAGGCUUAAAAACAAAAAAAAAACUCCCCUUUUUAAAAAGGAAAGUUAUAUCAUUUUGUUUGGAAACAUAAUUGUGACUAUUUAAAAGCAACUUGAUAAUUACAAAUCCCUAUUAUUACUCUCAAUCCUCCCAGGUAUUUUUAGAUGUUUAAUAAGCAAAUGAAACAGUAUAGUACAAACAUACUAAUUUACUGAUGUUUCCUACAAUAAUUUUUACACAUACUUAUGCCGAGGCAUCAAUCCGAUAAAGCCAAGUCACUAGGAUACCUCCAUGGUAUUCCGAUUUAAAACAUGACACAUGAAUGAGUUAAUCACACAUCCUUCCAUGGGAUACUGUCCCCAAUUGGUUUCAGUUAUAGUCCGUAGGAUACAUGGAGAGGCAGAUAAACUAUGGGGAGGAUUAAUCACAGCUGAAUGUAUUUGUAAGAACAGAAUACCAGUGCUUUCUGAUUAUAUCCUUACAAGCUAUCAUAUAGCCCUCAGGGACAGAAUGGAGGCUUUUGGAGAAUAUCAACACUUCUUUUCAAAUAGCCAGCACUUUUUGAAAGGGUAGUUCUACUUGGUAUAAUUUUCUUGACUUACACAUUUAAUUUUUAGUGCUCACAGCAGUUCCCAGUAAGAGGCUAUUAGAAGAAUUUGUUCCUAAGCUUUUUCAAUAAUAUAUCUUUCUGAUCCAUAUGUUGAAGGAUAAUCACACAGGCUUUCUCACAAUCUCAUAAUAACUCAGGCAUGAUGAAUAAAAAUAAUGUUUUUGAGAAAUCUAGUAAACAGUGUUGGGAGUUCAAUUUAAUAAGAUUUGAUAAUAGGUACACAAAAAAAUGUAAGAAAAUUGAUUUUCUCAAUCAUGUAGUACAAUCUGGGGUUGUAUAUUAAAUCAAAACAAUUUUAUUAGAUAAUAAGUAAAAGUGACCUCAAAUGGUAAUAGAGGCUAUUUAAUCAUUGCUUAGUAAAUGCAAAGAACAUUAUAAGAUAAAAUAUUUUUAAAUAUUUUAACAAACUUACAACAUCAAUAGUGGAGAUAGAAGUCAGCUUUUGGAGAAAAAAAGAGAUACAAAAAACUGCUCAUAAUCACAUUUUCAUUACCAGUGCUAGGAACUGAAAUCUUACCUUCAGUUUUGAGCACAACCCUUUGCAAAACCCACACACCUCUUUCUGACAACAUGGUGGAUUUGGAAGCAGGACAUCUCACACAAAGAUUUCAGAAACUAUGAGGCUGGUCUGUCCUAACAAUUCAGCACUGUUCUAUUUCUGAAGGUCAUUCAUAAAGCUUUGUAGAUUUACUGGGUUUCUUUACAGACUCCAUAUGGAAGUAAAAUAGAAUGACCAUGUGGAAAGUCUCCUGGGAGAUAAUUUCUCUUCAAUCAGCACUUUUCUACUUAUUUUCUAUCCCAGCAUUUAUAUUUAGGACAAUUUAUUUAAAUAUUUCUUACUAUUUAUCUUUUGAAACUUUACUCUCAAUUUGUCUCAAUGAAACUAUUAAAUGUCUAAUGGCCACGAAGCAAACAAGCCAAAGAUUUCUGUCUUAAAAAUGAUUCAUUCUGAGCUUGAAAUAAUCGCUCUGUCAGAGUUUGACGUUGUCAUUGCUACAGCAUCUAUCUUAACAUUCUUUUCCUGCUUCAGAUAUGAAAUCACUUGACUUGCUGAGAAAAUAAGAAAAAAAAAGUAGGAAAAAACAUACCUGUUGAACUAUUCCAUAAAGAGCGCAUUUUCACCUCCAAAAGAAAUGAAAACCAGAUGAUCUGUGCUAAGAAAUGAAGGCAUUUUGUUGUUGUCUUCAGAACUGACCAUGGAAAUGUUCAUGUUCAUCAUCAAAUAUAUCUUAUGUUCCCAAAGGACACAAUUCUAUUUGGGGCUCCAGCAGUAUUUUGUACUAUUAACUGCCUUUUGAAUGAGGUAUUAUGGGUCACUUUCAUCAACACCAUCACUAAACUACGGAAGUGCCUUUGUGUGACUUCUUUUCCUGGUCAUACUUAUAUUGAAAAUGUACCCUCCUUGCUUACUAACAGCUUUCUUCUACUCCAUCAAAUGUUUCAUGAAGCAUAUCAUGAUUGUCAAGGGGCCAGAAUAUCAUUUUUGUAGAUGAACAUGGUAUAUUCACACAGGACUCUAGAGCUUGGUUUCUCCAAAUCAACUGUGGUCUAUUUUUUUCUAGGAUAUACCUGGCUAGUUUUAUAUUACAGUUUAUGCAACAACUGAGUCAGUUAUUAAUAUGCUGGGAAUGGCUGGGUCAGACAAUUGAACCUUAGACUGUUGAUCUGGUGCUGUUUGGACUUGAUCUCAAUGAUAGAGAAACAGGGUUGUAACAAUUUCUCAAACCAUCUUAAUUCUCAACCUGAAACAUUUAGCAAAUAUAUGGUGAAUUGACCUUACCGUGCCAAUCAUUCUAACCAGUAAUCUCCUUUCCACCCUUCUCUCCUUCCCCAGUCCAACUGCCAAUACCAAACUGCCAAUACCAAAUAUCUAAUCUAUCAGAAUAAUUUCAUAAGUCUCUAUAUUUCCUAAGGGGAAACAACCUUGGCAACUUAUUUUCUGAGACCCUACUAGGUAUACUUCCUUUCAUGCCAUUUUAUAUAAACACUUUAGUAGGUACUUUUUAAUCUUCCUUUUUAUCUCUUAUUUUUUAAGAAAAUCUUGACUUUUUUACUAUUCUUAUCUUAAAAGAUAGAUCAAGUUCUUGUGUUCUGGUUUACAAUUUUGGACCUGGAACUUCGUUUUAUUAACACAGAAUUUUCCUUUUUGUCUCAAACAUACUUUUCCACCAUUCUUGCUACUACCUAAUUGUGUUGUGCUAGUUAUCACAUAAAGUUUGUACACGUACUUUUCUAGCCCUUUGGAUGAUGUCUUGAAGAGUCAAACCCACAUGCAUAAACUCCAAACUGAAAAAAAAAAUGGCCACAAGAGAAAUUUCAAAUAAAUAUCAUUUGGAAGUAUGAUAUUUCCAGACUAUUCAAAGAAAAUUGCAGUCCUUUUAUUUUUCUGUUUGGGCCUUAGGCACAUUAGAGGCCGAUGUUGCAACAUCAAAUAAAAUAAGGAGGGUGAAAUGUUUUGUGGGCCAUUGUGGUCAUGUCCUUCAGGCUUCAUUGUGGUGCCUUUUCUUGAGGUUGGCAUUUUAUGAUAAUUGAUAGAGAUCUUGCAGCAAUUUCUAGCUAUUGCUUUCAUUAACUUAAAAUUGAGUAGAAAUGGAGUAAUAAAAAAAUUAGGAAGUAAGAAUUCUAAAAUCUGAGGAGGAAUGGCAAUUCCUUGGGUAUGCAAACAUUGUUUUUAGAUAAAAAUAUCCAUAUGCUCUUUGUAAAUUGUAAGAUUCUCAAACGCUGUCUGGAUAAGCUAUGUCAGUGUCUAUCUCCACAGCAGCUGGGUUAUAUGAAAUUGCUCUUUCAGUGGUUACAAGGGCAUAACAACUGUGCUGGUAAAAAUGAGUGACCAUUUAGUAGAUCGUAGCCUAUGCAGUCGGUGUCACUUAAAAGCAAUAUCCUGAGAUUUUUAAAUAAGGUGGGCAGGACAGGCACGAGUCCAAUAUUUAUUACUCUUGUGAUUAAACACUCUAGACCAGGCUUGUUGAUGUGUAUGCCAAUAAUCUGGAGUUUCUGGCUUAGUGUAAAAUUUAAAUAUCUUUCCUAUCGUGGUCUCAUAUCUGUUUCUGUAAUAAGAUCAGUUUGUUGCCCUCUGUGCACCAGUGGUUUUGCCCUUAAUUUUUUGGCUAGCAUUCACCAAAAUCUGUCAUCCAGUGCUGCUGAGAAAAAUACAUGUUGCCAAACUUCUUUUCUUAAAAUUGUGCUGCCAGUGAUGUUUUCCCAGAUGUGAAAAAUAAUUACCUAAUAAAGGAUUAAUACCCAAUAACAAUACCAUUGUUGAACAUACUCAUGCAGUGUUCACCUUCUUUCUGAUUCCUUUUUUUGUAUUUGAAAAUAUCGAAUGGAAAAUUUAAUGGUGUGUUCCAUUGUUGAUGUUGUUAAUAUCAUGACUUUCCUUCAAAGUGGAUGUCUUAUGUUUUGUCUUGUGUUUUCUACUGAAUUAGAUUUUCCUCUAGGCCUAGUGUGAA